UUAGGGUUACCAGCAGUAGUCGUGUCCGUUGUAUUGGCAAUAUCACCAGAUAAUUAUGGACUGAUAACCACUGGAAAGGUUUCAAUAAAUGGACCUGAUGAAUUCUGCUGGAUCAAAAGUAGAACUGUCUUCUAUAUUACUGCUGUGGGAUACUUUUGUCUGAUAUUCCUGAUUAAUAUCAGCAUGUUCAUCGUUGUGCUGAUCCAGCUCUGUCGUAUAAAAAAGAAAAAGCARCUUGGUGCUCAAAGGAAAACCAGYAUCCAAGAUCUUAGGAGUGUUGCUGGCCUCACAUUCUUGUUGGGAAUUACUUGGGGGUUUGCUUUCUUCACAGUAAAUGAGGUAUUUACUUACCUCUUUACCAUUUUCAACACUUUGCAAGGGUUCUUCAUUUUCAUCUUCUAUUGUGUAACAAAGGAGAACGUCCGUAAACAAUGGAGAAGAUAUCUUUGUUGUGGGAAAUUCAGGCUGGCUGAAAACUCUGACUGGAGUAGAACUGCUACAAAUGGUUUAAAGAAGCAGACUGUAAAUCAAGGAGUAUCCAGUUCUUCCAAUUCCUUACAAUCAAACAGCAACUCCACCAACUCUACAACACUCUUAAUGAAUAAUGAUUAUUCAGUCCAUGCAAAUGGAAAUGGCCAUCUUUCCAGUGAGAAGAAUGGUGUUUGUUUCAUUGUACAGAAUGGUGAUGUGUGUCUCCAUGACUUUUCAGGCAAACAAAUUGUAUUUCAAGACAAGGAUGAUACUGGCAGCCAAGAAAGCCAAAUCUCACUCAGAAGGACUUCAAAGAGAGCAAGCCUAAGUUCUAUGGAGAAAAUGUGAUUUCUUUUUAAACAGCACACUGUUUUACAGUGUGAAGUAGAGUUUUACUUUAGCAGUUUUACAUAAUGUGAGCAGACCAAGAACUGGUUUUAUGUAAUAUAUGGUACUGGAACUUCAAGUCAGCCAUGCAAUGGAUUGACAAGGACAAUUAUUUAAAAAAAAAACAAAAACAAAGAACAAAACUAAAACAGAACCUACUAUUUUGACAAGGUCUUGGAUGUCAGAUUACAGCUGGCACCUUUCCGUUUUGRUUCUUCAUCAGAGUGGGGUUUUUUGAGGGUUUUUUUUACAUUUAAACUAAAGUUUUGUUUAGACUUUUUUCCUUACAAUUAAGUUUAUCUGGAUAUAAUCUUAGUAGUAUUGUAUAAAUGUAGAAAGUUACACCUUGUGCAUACAAACAAUACUAACUUUAAAAAUGUUAUCAACACUGUCUUCAACUUUUUGUACGUUUUAGUAGUAAACUCUGUAGUGAUGUACAUAAGCAGAAAAAUAUCAACCUUUAAGCAUCUCAAUGAUACUUUUAUAUUUAUUUCUUGUAAUAUAAUUUUAAAUAUUCCUAUGUAUAGAAAAAUAAUUUGUAUUUUGUUUGUAACUUUUCUUGUAAGUUUGCAUUUUUCUUUAGUUAAUUAACUUUGUCCAGGAAUUGGAUCACUUACAGUGGUUUGAAYACAUUCAUUAGAUACAGAACUGUAAAUAAUAAGCCCAGUUGGUCUUGAACCUUUAUCUGCCUUUUAGUACACCGUAGAGGGAUAAGAACUGGGUUUAAUUCAAGCAGAGUGCCAUGAAUGAGGGAGUGCUAAAUGAAGUAUCAGGAACAACCAGGGGCAGUAUUUGUCUUGAGUGGUGACAUUAAACACACUGCCACUUCUCAUUUGCARUGAUGAAAGUAGAGGAGUUUGGGGGGAGGGGGCUGGUUGAAGAAAAAUGAGAAACAAUAAAUGACAGCUGCUAUAUUGAGUAGCUGAGAAAUUGUUUCAUUGCACGGCUGUUUUUUAAGGGGCAGCUUUUGAGCUAUUUUUGAGUAUUUCUGCUUGUGCUUUUCCUCUUGUUUGGCAAACCAAAUCCUGAGACCCUAGCUCAGUGAUUGCUGAAGCAAAAUUUCAUUUCUGUUGUGAUAUUUACCUGAAAAAAACGGAUUUUGGUUCUUCAUGUAAAGCAGCUGAAAGUCCAUACAACAUUGGAAAGUUUCCUCCUGAACAGAAGUUGGUCUAAGCCCUGGUUUUACCUCUUCUUCCUCUCACAGCUGUGCAGCUGUGGCCACUGUUUUUUAAAUUCGUGUUCUGGGGCAAAUCUGUGUUCCCAGAGCAAACUGAGACAAACUGGUGCUGGACUGCAGAGUAGCAGGCCCUGUAAAGGGAAGCAGGUGAAUGCUGAAGGGCUUUGCUUUUGCAGAGGGACUGCUGAAAACACUGCUCAACAAAAAGCUUGGCUUAAAUGCCUCCUGUCUGGGGCUGYCUUUAGAUCAGCAAAUGAACCUCUUCAGUACUCAAACCCUGUUGUGGUUCUGUGGGCAACACGUGGAUUCUUUCAGUUCUUUCAGUCACUUAUGUCCAAGAUUACUCUGACUAUGCUUUUAAGGUGAGAAUUUAAAGUAUUUGUUGUGUUUAUCCMCAGGGUUUUAACUGCAUGUUGGUAAAAGCUCAUACUGGAAUGCUAGUAGCUGGAAUACAUGUCUGUGAAUGCUUUAAAUAUUUGGCUAAUUGCCUUUGCAGUGUUUCUUGUAAAUUUAUUUAAUAUUCUUAUAUUUAUAUUUUCAACUGUAAAAAAGUAAUAAAUUUGCAGCAAGUAYCACACGAAAUACAUAAAUUUGUCUUUUAGGUAAGAGUGUCAUUAAUACUGGGCUGCAUUACACUUGUUCAGAUUACAGGAUCUGCAGUACAUAACAUCUUGGAGAAAGUGCUGGACCUGUAUUUGGCAUUUAUUGUCUGCUAUGUAUUUUACCUUGAUGGUUCUAGUAGAUCUGGAUUUUAGCAGAGAAAACCCUGACAUAAGCCUAUGCAGCCAAUGCCUGCCYUCAAGUCUGCUGAAGCUCUCCCACAAGAGUUUUAUAAGCAAAAGCACAUAGCUGAGUUUGGUUUCAAUAAUUAAAUUCCCCAUGAAUGCACAUAUUCCACUGAGCAGGUCAGUGAUGGAGUUUUCCUUUUGUUUUUAUUUUUGCACAAUAAAAUAUGUCAGGAUUCUUAUUUUAUAUAUUCCUAGGCAUGAGUAGCCCUUUCUGACUUUGCCAUUUAAAAAUUUUUACUCACACCAGCAUAUUAUUUAGUUCGGUAAAUAAUGGUCAUCCCUUAACUAGCUGAAAACGUUUUUACAUUGGGUGUCACCSUAUCCUCUUGGUCUCUGGAACUGUUAACACCGCACCCAGAGCUCAGGGAAAGCUACAACCCCUGUCCAAAGCACAAAGUAAAAAAACUGCAUCAGCUCGUGGCUGCAAAGCUAAUUCGGGGGAUUUUUGAGGAGGUUUUAAGCUUGGUCUAAGAUAAACAGCAGCCUGCCGYGUACAGCUCGCAGCACCCUGCUCACAAAGCUGCUCCCCGAGUUCAGUCCCUGGAGGAAGAGGCUGGUGCGGAGUUCAGGGAACAGAAAACUGCUACUUGUUCCAGCUCGGCUCGGAUUUCAGCGCUCGGCUCUGCAG